ACAGCUCUGAUCAUUCGCGAUCGGUUCUUAUUUAGACGUUAGCCAACACUAGACCGUUGCGUUCGCGUAGUUCGUCACGAAAUUUGUAUUAUUGGAUUGUUUCUUUAUUUGCAUUUUGCACCUGCAUUCAAUAAUAGUAAUCAAAUAUGUUUUGCCAGCAGAUGGUGCGCGAAGCUGCCAACGGGGCAAACGACAUGCACUAGCGGUGAAUGAUAGAGAAACAGAAUAAUUUCGGCCCCCCACCCGUCUGUGUGUCAAAAUUUGUUUAUUUGUGACGCCGCCGCGGCGUUCGUGUGUGUGUGUGUGUGUGUGUGCGUGUCAACAUUUGUGGCAAAUUCGAAUUAAAUUCAAACCGAAUCGCUGAAAGAAAGCGGAGCAACAAGUGGGUCUGCAACGGACACCCCUUACCCCCUCUUAAAAACACCUUUCUCCAUUUCCCUUCCCUCUCACUCUCACACGCUCUCUGUCGCAGAGAGAGAGCGCGCGCCUGCGCCUUGUUCUCGUUGUUGUUUUUGUUGGUGUUGCUAGUGCUUACGUGUCCGCAAAUCCGUAAAAAAUCCGCAAAAUGUAUGGCUAUUUGCUGACUUUAGGAGCUCUAGUAGUUCUGGCCAAUGCAUCGCUCUCUUCCGCCGGGGAUUACACCGAAAAUGCCGAAGUUCAGGUGGUUCAGGAGACGGAGGACUUCCUGGACAAUCCCCGCUACUUGAACAACCAGGAGAUUGGCGAACUCUUCGAUAAGAUAGCCAAGGAUUAUCCGGAAAUCGCUCAGACCUACAGCAUAGGGACAUCCCUCAAAGGUCGUCCUCUCAACGUCCUGGCUUUGAGCUCUCGCAUUCCGGAGGACAGCGUCAAUGGGGAUCUGCUCCGUCCGAUGGUCAAGUUGGUGGCCAACAUCCAGGGCGACGAGGCUGUGGGCCGACAGAUCGUUCUCUACUUGGCCCAGUACCUGGCCGCCCACUACGACACCGACAAGGAGGUCCAGCGGCUGCUCAACACCACGGAUAUUCAUUUCCUGCCCACCUGUAAUCCGGAUGGCUUCGCCAAAGCCAAGGAGGGCAGCUGCGAAUCUCUGCCGAAUUAUGUCGGUCGUGGUAAUGCCAAUGGCGUGGAUUUGAAUCGCGACUUCCCGGAUCGUCUCGAACAGGCCUAUGUCCAGCACUAUCGGGCCCAGUCCCGCCAACCGGAAACUGCCGCCCUGGCCAAUUGGAUUCUCAGCAAGCCCUUCGUCCUCUCAGCCAAUUUCCAUGGAGGAGCAGUCGUGGCCAGUUAUCCUUAUGAUAAUUCUGUAUCCCACAACGAGUGCUGUGUGGAGAGCCUUACUCCGGACGACAAGGUGUUCAAGCAACUGGCCCUCACCUACUCCGACAAUCAUCCGAUCAUGCGACGCGGCAAGAGCUGCAACGACAGCUUCUCGAGGGGCAUCACCAAUGGCGCCAACUGGUACGAGCUAUCCGGCGGCAUGCAGGACUUCAACUACGCCUUCAGCAACUGCUUCGAACUGACCAUCGAGCUCUCGUGCUGCAAGUUCCCGGCGGCCAGUACUUUGCCCCAGGAGUGGCGCACCAACAAGGCAUCGCUGCUGCAGCUGCUCCGGCAGUCGCACAUCGGCAUCAAGGGUCUGGUGUUGGACGUUAGUGGCCUGCCUAUUGCCGGGGCCGAGGUCUAUGUGGCCGGGCUGGAGGAUAAGCCGAUAAGGACCACCAAGCGGGGAGAGUACUGGCGCCUCCUGACACCUGGCUUCUACAAGGUUCAUGCCGCUGCUUUUGGUUACCAGAUUAGUGCCGCCCAGGAGAUACGAGUCACCAACGAGAACCAGGAGGCACUGCGCCUGGACUUCAAGCUGGCGCCCGUCGAGGCGAACUUUGAUGGCAACUUCCGGAAGGUGAAGGUGGAGCGCUCAGAGCCACCGGAGAAGCGCAAGGAGCAGUUCCAUGGAUUCCUCACCAAAACAGCCUUCGAACACCACAACUUCACGGCCAUGGAGAGCUUCCUGAAGGACAUCGCCGCCAGCUAUCCGACACUCACCCGUCUCUACAGCAUCGGCAAGAGUGUCCAGAAUCGGGAUCUGUGGGUCAUGGAGAUCUUCGCCACGCCAGGAGGCCAUGUCCCCGGAAUUCCGGAGUUCAAGUACGUGGCGAAUAUGCACGGCAACGAGGUGGUCGGCAAGGAGAUGCUUCUCCUGCUUACCAAGUACCUCGUGGAGCGCUACGGCAACGAUGAUCGGAUCACCCGGAUGGUGAACAGCACCAGGAUGCACUUCCUCUACAGCAUGAAUCCGGACGGCUAUGAAAUCUCCAAGGAGGGCGAUCGCACCAGCGGUAUAGGUCGCUCCAAUGCCAAUGGCGUCGACUUAAAUCGCAAUUUUCCGGAUCAAUAUGGCACGGAUCGAUUCAACAAGGUGACAGAGCCCGAGGUGAAGGCCGUCAUGAACUGGACCCUGUCGCUGCCGUUCGUCCUCUCCGCCAAUCUCCAUGGGGGCUCCCUGGUGGCCAACUAUCCGUAUGACGAUAACGAGAACGAUUUCAACGAUCCCUUCAUGCGGCUCCGAAACUCCAGCAUCAACGGCCGCAAAGCCAAUCCCACGGAGGACAAUGCCCUGUUCCGGCACCUGGCCACCAUCUAUGCCAAGGCCCAUCCGACCAUGUCACUGGGCCAGCCGUGUGAGCUCUUCAAGAACGAGUUCUUCGCCGAGGGCAUCACGAACGGAGCUCAGUGGUACAGUGUCACCGGCGGAAUGCAGGACUGGAACUACGUUCGGGCCGGAUGCAUGGAACUGACCAUCGAAAUGGGCUGCGACAAGUUCCCGAUGGCCAGUGAGCUGCCCAAGUACUGGUCCGAUAAUCGAGAGCCCAUGCUGCAGUUCAUCGAACAGGUCCAUCACGGUAUCCGGGGCUUCGUCCACAGCUCCAUUGGCACGCCGAUAGCCGGCGCUGUGGUCCGGCUGGACGGUGGCAAUCACUCGACGUACAGCCACACCUUCGGCGACUACUGGAAACUGGCUCUGCCGGGCCAGCACAACAUCACUGUCCUGGGCGACAACUACGCGCCGAUCCGGGUGGAGGUGGAGGUGCCGCAGGAGGAGCCUUUCGAGAUGCGUCUGGACGUAACCCUCAUGGCUGACGAUCCCCAGCACUGGGCCUCGGCCAAUGACUUCCGUAUCAUCGAGAACGUGGUCAACACGCGCUACCACACCAAUCCGGAGCUCCGCGCCCGCCUGGCGGAGCUGGAGAACCAAAAUGGCCAGAUAGCGAGCUUCGGUUACGCGGACAACGAGUUCAGUCGGUUCUUCAACUACCUCAAGAUAACUUCCGAUAUCGGGGAACCUGAGGAACAGAAGUACAAGCUGCUGGUGGUGAGCUCACUCUUCGAUACCUUGGCACCCCUGGGCAGGGAGGUGCUACUUAACCUGGUCCGCCACCUGCUCGAGGGCUACAAGGUGCAGGAUCACUCCGUGGUGCAGCUCCUGAAGCGCAGUGUCAUCUACUUCUUGCCGCAAACCCAAAAGUUCCCGGCUGUCUUCGACAUGUACAACUACAACUCCUCCAUUUGUGAUCCUGUGAUAGGAGACGAGCUGGCCGAACGCAUCCUGAGUCCCGAGACCGAGCAGAGCAAGGACAUGUUCCUGCAGUUUCUGCGCACCGAACGCUUCGAUCUGAUGCUCACCUUCGGAGCUGGUAGCUCGGAACUGGUUUACCCCAAAGGUGACUCCAUAUUGGAGAAGUUCGCCCAUGGAAUGCAGAAGACGGAGUUCAGCUACUCGCCCCUGCACUGUGCCCCCUCCGCCACGAGGCAGCAGCACCGGGAUACCACGGAGCGACUGACUAACUUCAUGUACCGGAUGUACAACCUGCCGGUCUACACCCUGGGCAUAUCCUGCUGCCGGAUGCCGGCCCACAAACAAAUCGCCUCCGUCUGGCGCAAGAAUAUCGACAAAAUCAAGAACUUUAUGGCUCUGGUCCGAACGGGAGUCAGUGGUCUGGUCCAGAACGACAAGGGACAGCCGCUGCGAGAGGCCUCCGUCCGGCUGCUGGAGCAUCAGCGGUUCUACAACGUCACCCGGAACGAGGCCCGCUUCCAGCUGAUGCUGCCGCACGGAAUCUACGGCGUAGAGGUCUCCGCCCCCAACUAUGAGUCUCAAAUGCUGAAAGUGGACAUACAAGAUGGCCAGAUCACUGACCUGGGCACCAUCCACCUACAUACCUUCAAUGUGAUCCGCGGGGAGGUACUGGAGCUGCCGAACAAGUCCACUACUGGGACGACCAGUGUCGAGGGUGUGGUCCUGGACGAGAGCAAUCAUCCGGUGCGCAAUGCCAAGGUGUCGGUGGUGGGACAGGCCCAGUUGCGCAACUUCACCAACCGCAUGGGCGAGUACCGGCUGACGGCAGUGCCCCUGGGCACCAUUACCCUCAAGGUGGAGGCACCCCGUCACCUGGAGGCCACUCGGCAGAUGCAUUUGUACGCCGGCAGUUCGACUGCCGAGCACGUGGUGUUCCAUCUGAAGGUUAACGAGCACAUCUUUGGGCUGCCCCGCUUCCUGUUCAUCCUGAUCGCCAGCAUCCUGAUCAUCAUCGGUGUGGUGGUGUGCGUGCUGUGUGCCCAGUUCUGGUUCUAUCGUCGCCAUCGUGGCAACAAGCCGUACUACAACUUCUCGCUGUUGCCGCAGAAGGGUCGGGAGCAGUUCGAUCUGGACGAUGAGGCGGGCGAUGAUGGGGAAACGGAGCUCUUCCGGUCGCCAAUUAAGCGUGGCAUGACCAUUCAGCCGUACUUCGAUGAGGAGCAACUGGAGCGGAUCUUGCAUACGGACGACGAGGAGGACGAGGACGGGCCGAGAAUGGAGCCGGAACUGGAGGAUGAUGUGGUCGAUGAUGAGAGUGGUGAUGAGAUCGUGAUGUUGCACAAUCAUGGCAACAGGCGUCGUCACUAGAGGAUCCUGCUCCCAAAAAACCACUGCAACACAACAUAACUGUGAUUCGAAACGUUUUCAAGAGAAGCAACCAGCGUCCUGCUCUUCUACAAUUUUUUUUUAUUUUUUUUAACUCCUUAUAUAAUUUUUGUUUUAAUUUAAAUGCAUUUGUAACUUAAUUCGACUUAGAACCGGCGCUUAAUGUUAGUAGAAUUAUUGGAAA